AUGUAGAGAGAGAAGCGAUGUUCAACAAUUAGACAAUAUGGUUUUAAUGCCAAUAGAGAUUACAUGAUUUAAACUGGUCUGAAAAGGAUUUAAUACAAUAUCAAUCGUAAAUAGAAAAAGAAAAAUAAGUAAAAGGAUAAAUAGGGUAAAAAUCAGAAGCUAUCUCAAUUUACUUAAGAGGAAGAUGACAGAAUUCUGAGAUUGGUUCAAGAAUUUGGACCUAAAUUUGUAAAAAUAGCUCUAUAUUUUCCUAAUAAAUCAUAUUGUAUGGUAAAAAACAGGUAUUAUAAACAUUUAAGAGACAAAUACAAAGAUCUGUAAAAUUAAGAUUUAUAUUUUAGAGGCUGUGAUAUAAGAAUUGAAUAAGAAACUAUGUCUUAUAAACCUAAUGAGAAACUAGAUGAAUUGAAUUAACUAAUCCAUUCUAUAAAUCUAUCUCCAGAAAUCUUUUAAUUAACUUAAAACUUCAUUUAACACCUCUAGAAGUGUCUAACUUGA